AUGGCAGCUACACACGAUGCCGACUCCAAGAAAGGCGGUCCUCUCGAGAUUGAACAUGAUGAAAAGUCGGUCAAGGGCGAGGCCGUUGUUUGUGGCGAUUACUCCGGCGCCCAUGAGAAGACUGACCCGGCUGAAAUUGCCCUCGUUCGGAAGCUAGAUCGCAGGAUCAUGCCGAUUCUUUGGGCAAUGUAUUUCAUGAAUUACCUCGAUCGUAAUGCUCUUCCGCAAGCUCGACUGAACACGCUGGAGGAGGACUUGGGACUGAAAGGAGUCGAAUACAACACUGCCAUCUCUAUUCUUUUCGUUGGGUACCUUCUGAUGCAAGUACCCUCGAAUAUGUUCCUUACUCGCACGAGCCCAUCAAUCUAUAUGUCAACUUGUAUGAUUGGCUGGGCUGCCAUCUCUGCUGCCACAGCGGGAGUCAAGAACCACAGUGGAUUGGUGGCAUGCCGGUUCUUCCUUGGAUUUGUGGAAGCACCCUUCUAUCCAGGUGCCCUGUAUCUGCUAUCAAUUUUCUACACCAGGAAAGAGCUCGCAACGAGAAUCUCCAUACUUUAUACUGGUCAAAUAGUCAGUACUGGCUGCUCAGGUCUGAUUGCUGCUGCGACUUUCACUACCCUAGAUCAGGUCAAGGGGAUUGCCGGCUGGAAAUGGGUUAGGCUCUUCAUCAUUGAAGGCUCGGUCACCGCAUUUAUUGCCGUCUUCGGGUUCUUCCUUCUUCCUGACGAUCCUUCUGUUACCCGAUGGCUUACUGAGGAUGAGAGACAACUUGCUGUUGAACGCAUUCGUCGGGAUACAGUCGGCAGACAAGAGCGUGGCUCUACCAUGGAUGGUCUCAAGCAGGCUCUGAAAGACCCCAAAACUUGGUUGUUCUGCGCCUGUCAGAAUUUCCAUAUUUCUGCGGUCAGCUUCAACGCGUACUUUCCGACCCUUGUUCGUACCAUGGGCUUCAAGUCGACUACGGCUCUUCUCCUAACCGCUCCCCCCUACUUCGUUUCCGGCUUUCUUGGCAUUCCAUUUGCCUGGUCAAGCGGGCGAUUCAACGAAAGAACCUGGCACAUCACAGCUGGACUAUCUCUUGCUGUGGUCGGAUUCGCCAUGACGAUUGGGACCACCAAUAAUGCCGUCAGAUAUGCAGCAACUUUCUUGUACGCGACUGGUGCUUACUCCGUAGGAUCUCCUAUCUUAGGAUGGGUAAGCGAUACCUUGUCACAGUCGCCAGAGAAGAAAGCCGUUGCAUACUCCUUGGUCAACGUCACGGCCAACUUGGCUUAUAUCUACUGUGCCUACCUUUGGCCCACCUCGGAUGGACCCAGAUACAUGAUCGGCUUCUCAUGCAUGAUUGGUUUUGCCGUUGCAAGUAUCAUAUGUGCGUGGGCGAUGAGGUUCUGGUUGAUGAGCAUCAACAAGAAGCUCAGGGAGAGUGAGGAUGAGAACGUGAAGCUCUAUGCUUACUAA